GAGGAUUCAAAAAACUCUUGGCUUUAAUUCACUGCAGAGGAAGAAGCAGGAGCAAGCAAGGCCCACACAACUGUGGUCCCUGUGAACUUGCAGGCCAGCCAGAGCUGCAAUAUUGAAAUCUACCAAGGUUAAAACAAUGAAUCGGUUUCCAAUGUAUGUUCGGAUAUUUUUUUUGCUUCUUUCAAUGGAAUCUCUGAUUCACACCUCCUUCGUUGAUUCAGCUCCUGUAAAUUACAAUGACUCGUCUAAGAAAACCAUUACAAAUAUCCUAGAUAAGGAUGAAAAAACGAUCGAACUGCAGAACCAGUUUGUUCCUACCACUAUUAACCCAGGCCAUGUACAUGGGAAGAGUGAUGCGGACAAAGAACAAAUGGAUAAGUCAAUUCAAAAUUCUUUACCCAAAAAAGAAUUACAUCUGCAGGGAGCUCCUGUUUAUAAAAAGACCUUCUUGGGAAAGAAGUAUGGGAACAAUUCUGAAGGCCACACUUUGCUUGAGAAAGGAGCCUACUGGAAAAAUGUUAACAUUAACAUUGAGAAGGAAGAGACAUACACUGAGCCAAAUGAAUAUGCGAAAGAUCAUUCUCUGAAGAAGAAAGGAAUCAACUGGGAUGGAGAAGUCAUGUCUCUUGGCUGUAUAUCUUUCCUAUUUGCGUUGACUGGUGGAGCAGCUCUGUGGUUAACCAUAUAUACCCACAUGAAGCGUGAGGAAACCAGAGAACUUGACAAUCUUGCCGAAAAGCUUGUGCCUUUACAACCACUGACAGAAGCUGCCAAGUGGGAACCAAAGGAAUCAUUUCCUGUGACAAGGGGAAAGGAAAGGAGAUCCAAAACAUUACUCCAUUCAGUUUUGAAAACCGAGAGGAAGAAAAAGAGAUGUAGAAAAAGAAGGAGACCAGAUUCCAGGUUGGAGUUAACAAGAAGAGGAGAAAUAUUCACUCAGAAAAAGAGAAAUGAGACUUUAGGAAUUAAGACCCAAGACAUAAAACUUCGCAAACUGAGUGAGCAAAUUGUAGAACUUCAGAAAAAGUUUGAAAAGGAAAAACGCGGCAAAGAGGAAAUGCAAGAUGCUAAGAGGGAGAACCAGGUCCAGUUGUCACCAAACCUUCCUGAUUACAUCCCAACAAACACGCCUACCUUUCAAAUAUCCAAUUUCCAGUGAGAGAAACCCGAUUGGAAAUGGAAAUGAAAGCAAGGAG